GUCAGGCCCUAGGAAGGCGAGGUCUGGGCUGCUUGCAGAGCUGAGAGCUGAGGACUCCCUGACUCCAGCCUGCCGGGUGAAGCGUGGCCUGGGGUGUGCUGGCCGCCGCCAUGCCCUCUGUGUCUCCAGAGGGGCCCUCCACUGGGGCAAUCCCCAAUGCCACUGCAGUGACAACAGUGUGGGCCAAUGCCAGCGGGCCGGAGGUGCCCCUGUUCCACCUGUUUGCCCAGCUGGAUGAGGAGCUUCACGGCGCCUUCCCGGGCCUGUGGCUGGCGCUGAUGGCGGUGCACGGAGCCAUCUUCCUGGUUGGGCUGGUGCUCAACGGGCUGGCACUGUACGUCUUCUGCUGCCGCACCCGGGCCAAGACACCGUCAGUCAUCUACACCAUCAACCUGGUGGUGACCGAUCUGCUGGUGGGGCUGUCCCUGCCCACACGCUUCGCUGUCUACUACGGCGCAAGGGGCUGCCUGCGCUGCGCCUUCCCGCACGUCCUCGGCUACUUCCUCAACAUGCACUGCUCCAUCCUCUUCCUCACCUGCAUCUGUGUGGACCGCUACCUGGCCAUCGUGCAGCCCGAAGGCUCUCGCCGCUGCCGCCAGCCUGCCUGUGCCAGGGCCGUGUGCGCCUUCGUGUGGCUGGCCGCCGGCGUCGUGACCCUGUCGGUGCUGGGCGUGACUGGCAGCCGGCCCUGCUGCCGUGUCUUCGCGCUGACCGUCCUGGAGUUCCUGCUGCCCCUGCUGGUCAUCAGCGUGUUCACCGGCCGCAUCAUGUGCGCGCUGUCACGGCGGGGCCUGCUCCGCCAGGGUCGCCAGCGCCGCGUGAGGGCCAUGCAGCUCCUGCUUACAGUGCUCAUCAUCUUCCUCGUCUGCUUCACGCCCUUCCAUGCCCGCCAGGUGGCGGUGGCACUGUGGCCCGACAUGCCGCACCACACCAGCCUCGUGGUCUACCACGUGGCUGUGACCCUCAGCAGCCUCAACAGCUGCAUGGACCCCAUCGUCUACUGCUUCGUCACCAGCGGCUUCCAGGCCACCGUCCGCGGCCUCUUGGGCCUCCACAGAGGAGACUGUGAGGCCACCAGCGGUGACGUGGUCAGCAUGCACAGGAGCUCCAAGGGCUCUGGCCCUCACGCCCUCACCCAGGCCCUCGCUAAUGGGCCCGAGGCUUAGUCAGCCGGGCUCUGCCAAGGGGCAAAGGUCAAGGCACAUCUGGGCAUGCCAGCCUAGACACCCACCAUGCCGGGGGUGGCAGUUGGUUUCAUCUCGAUUGAUUGGUGAUGGCCACCUAGAGCACCACUUUAAGAGUCCAAGGCCACUGUGCUGUGGUUGAUUAGCAACGUCUGCCACUGGCUCCAGAUGGGGUGUGGUGGCCUGAAUGCCAAUGAUUUGCUGUUCCUGGGGUAUAGUGUGCCCACUGAAAACUCGCAGGGGUAGCCAGGAGCUGCUCCUCACUUUGGCCAUUUUGUCCCCAGCAGGAGUUCCUCAGAAACAAGGACAAAGUGGAUUCCAUUGAUUAGAAGGAUAAGAUGAGAAAGAAAAAAAGGACAAAGAUUAUUUAGGGAUUGGGAAUUCCCAGGAGAGCCAGGAAACACCCUGGAGAGGCACCCCUCCAGCACACACACGCGGGGGAAGUACAAGGACGGGAAGAAGAGGCCGGCGGCAUUAACGGUGCAUUAAUGGAGGCGGAGGGUUGCCGUGUCUCUGCAAAACCCCCACCUGAGGCCUCGGUGAAUUGCACAGUAAAAGGGCAGACACCCACAGGCCGCUGUGCUGGGGGCGAGCACUCUGGUAUCUGGGUCGACCUUGAACCUGCAACAACCCACAAAGGACAGGCUGUUUUUCAAUGAGGGGUCGAGUGACACACACAGGGGCCACAGCUGGGAGAUGGCAGGGUCAGAAUGAAAAGCAACCCCGCCUCCUCCAGUGCCCUCGACCUCCUUCCACAGAGGCUGCGCCGUCUUCCCCCAGCCCCACUCUAGGAAUGGCCUCAGAACGAGCCGCCUGCUGUCCCAGGCAACAGCAGUGCUCCCGGCCCCAUCCUAUGGAUGAGAAAUCCAAGAACAAAGUCACGCAGCAAUGACCCCAGGCCUACCAGGCUGUGGCCACCAUCUCCCCAUGCAAAGAGCCCUUUUUCUCCCCUCUGGGGGCAGAGAGGACUUGACCAGCUGCUCUGGCCCAGCUCACUAUGCGUCCCCACGCCCUCACUAAGGAGGGAGCCUUUCUCUGGCUGGGGACUCUGACCACCUCUUCUGAGCUGGGCUCCAGGACUGUCUCCCACAUGUCUUCUGCUGAGUGUCCAAGCUCCCAUGAGCCUUUCCGGACUGGUGUAUGGUAAGAGGGCCUGUAUUGGGGGAGAGGAGCUUGGGGCAUCCCUGGCACCUCUGGCUCCGAGGCCCUGCCCUCAGACCUGGCCAUAGCCACUGAAGCAGGUGAGAUGGACUUGGGUCCCCAGGCCAGGCCUUUGGCUACAGAGAAGUCCUGCAUGCUCAGGGUGGCCGCGGCCCGUGUGGCUGGGAGCAGGAGGGGGAGGAGGAGAAAAAGGCUGGGGCUCCCCAACUCGCCUCUAGGCAGUCUCCUAUCUCCAGUUCAGGGGCCUGGACUUAAUAUCCCCAUGUUACAGAUGAGGAAACUGAGGCCCAGAGGGAGAAAGGGGCUUGCCAAGGGCAUAGAGUAAGUGCCUGAGUCAUCCAAGGCCAGUGUCAUCCUCACCAUCCCCAACUGUGGCUGUGUGGGGCAGCUGGAGUGGGGUGCUGGUCCAGCGGAGGCAGCCACAGCCCAGCGGAGGCAGAAUGGGACAGCCCCUGAGGCUGCUUCCUUCCUUGGUAUGGAUGCCCAGGAAGCAGUGGACAUCAUCAUGACCACCAGCAUUCUUGACACUCACCAGGCACCAGGUGCAAUUCUGGAACCUUCCCCCAGCCCCCAGCUCUCUGGCGCUGCUCAGAGAGGGACCGUGGCUUACCAGAUAUGCACGGUUCCCCAAGGCAGAGGGGCCCGGCUUUCAGGAAAGGAGGCAGCUGGGGACGGGGCUGUGCGUGCAGAAAAAGCCCGUUGACCCCAGGAGCAGCCCUCCCGGCGGCUUUCAGGCAAGCAGGCACUAAGGGUGUGCCAUCAUUCCCAGGGCUGAGAGCCGACACCUGUGAGGUCACGCAUCUAGAGCUGAGGAGUGAGGGGUCGGGGCUCAGGUGUCCUGCCUAGCCCAAGCCCAGCUGUGGGUGUCUAUUCCAGGGUCAUGUAGCCCAGCAGUCCCUGAAUGGCUUUCUCAUCUGGGACCCCUCCACCCACAUUCACAAGUCGUCCAGGGCCGGGGCCUCUGGACUCUACCCCUCCAGGGGCUGUGGGUCCCCCUGCUCCAUCUUAGGGGGCACCCAAAGCCCCAGAGACUACCUAGUGGCUCUCUCGGCCCUCAAGCAAGCUCUGCACAUGGCCUGGGUUGUGACACCCCUCUACCCUUGGUCCCACACUAGACUGUAAGACCCCUCCAGGCCAGGGCCACAAGGGGGCAGGGGGGCAGCAGGAAGGGGUGCUCAGGCGAAGGGGAACAGCCUGGGCAAGGGUGAGGCCAAACCCGGCCUCCCUGGGACCAGUGGAGGGCCCACCACGAAGCUUCCCAGCCCCUCCUCUGCCAGCGUUCCCUGCCCCUCUGGCCUUCGGCCUCCCCCAUCAACGCCCCCCAGCCUGGCUCCAUUCCUGGUUGUCACUCUAAUUCUUGCUAAAGAGUGAACGGCUGACAGUCAAAGACCGCUGUGCUCGAAGGGGCGGGGCUUGUCAUUCUCCUGGAACAAUCCUUUUCUUCAGGAGGAGGGGUCUCUAAGGCGGGUGAGCCAGGCCCCCCUCCUUGUCCCCAGGUCUGAAAUCCCAUCAUUCAACGUGGGUUCCUCAGGCCUCAAAGACUUCUCAGACUGCAAGAGGCCUGGAGGGGAGGGCAUCCUGUCGGAGGAGGGCCAUCCUCAGACCUCUGAGAACUGCCUGACACUCCCCCAUGCAGAACCCUUGAUAGGUGGGCCUCAGUUUCCCCACACCCCACUCCUCUUUCUCCUCUCCUCAGCCUUACAGCUGGAGGGCAGGGGACUGGGGGAGGGGGUCACCCCAGUGCCCUAGGCGGGGCCUCACAGUUCCCGCAGCUGCCUGAUGGCUGGCUCCUUCCCACGUCAGCCUCCUCUGUGGGCACCAAGGCCCAGAAGCCUCAGAAGUCAGACCAAGACCGUCCUCGGUCCCACAGGGCAGAGAUGAGAUCUGUGCGCGCCCCUCCCCACGCUCUCACAGGGGCAGGGCGUGAGAUCUUCACGCCCCCUCCCCACCAUGCCCCUUUCCAGAUUUUCAGAAUGCCCAAGUGACGUGAAAUGGUGUGUGUAUUUAUAGCCGACGUAAACAAUCUCCUUAACGAGAUGUCCUCGUCCGGAAUUAAAGCUGUUUAUUCUA